ACAGUCCAGAUCUUAUGAAGACUAUUUCACCCAUAAAUUGCUGUUCGAUGAGUAUCCGCUCCCACACUACGUUCUUGGUCUAAAUUUGACAACUUAUAUGACCCUGGAACGCGAGGCAGCUCUUCCACCAACAAUCAGCAAACAACAUACCAUAGGAAUGUAGCAGCAGCUCUUCAAUUAUGACGUAUGAUUGUGGUACCAUGCAUCCCCCCUCCAUGAAAAAGAACGUAAAGCUUGCAUGAGUUGAGAGCACUGUGCUUUUGAAGGCUUCCUCAAGUCAAUGAAACCGUAUGCACGUUUAUCUGAACCGACUCAUUCAAGUGGAAGCUAUUCCAUGGCUGUGUUACUGUCGACCCUGUUGCGCAUCUGUUUCAAGAAAGGUAUCCCGUCCUACAAGCCUUCAGCAACACUUUGACCAGCUUCAACUUGACAUCGACUUCGCCCAGUUUCCUGGCCUUUGGCAUAAGAUUAGCAGUCGCCGUGGCUGUACCGACUCCCACGUGAAUGGUUGUUUGAGCGGUCACAACAUCAUAGGUCGUGUUCAACAUCAACAAAAGGACUUGAUGUUCUGCGGUGCACUCCAUCAAGUCACCCCACAUUCGUUACCAUCUCUUGGCAUCGAACCACUUUCAGGGGACAUGUACCUAUUGCUUACCAAACUCAAGCACUUCGGUAAACCAAGCUCACUACCUGUCGCAUUCAUCAAGUCACUGCUUCCAUCGUUCCCGGUGUGGACCCCAGUGGUACGGUCAAUACGCUUUACUCGCUCUUCUCUCAUCAACCGAAAAGAUCGACCUUCAGGCGAUAGUGUGCGGUCCUUCAAUGUAAAUGAAGCUGACGUAGAUGCAGCUAGGCGUCGAUUUCCUGCAAGCUAUUUCAAUUCACCCUGGACGACCGCGUACGCGCCGGAGGUGUUCACUUGUCACCCGAGUCAGGCGCUGGAGGUGUGCAAGCUGAAUCGCUCCGAGUCCGAGAUCGAGAACACAACAUGGCACUGGCAAUACGGAACGUCUGCAAUCAUCCUUGACAAGUACAACAGCACUUUACGCUCCUUGAUGUUUGCAAUGAUGCGAAUUCACAUCACAUCCAAUCUCAUGCCGCACCAUCACGACAUCUGUCGUCGCAUAAUGAUGGUUCUUGGCAUGUCACAGUUGCCCAUGUGGGAUUAGACAUGGUUUUCUCCACAGGAAAUACCUACGCCUGUGUGCAGAGAUCCGCUCAAUCUUGUUUUCGCCUUUUCGAGUUACCGCGAUGUUUCGACGUUAAGGCCCCUUGGCUUGGCAGCGCGAAGAGUGGAGUGUCACAACUGCAUCUGGUUAGCCGUUUCAAACAUGUUCGUUCCGAGUCCUGCCCAGCAUCCUCUGAAUCUGCUUGUCUUGCGGUCCCUGAUCGGAAUAAGAUGUGCCCCGUCAAGAUCGCAUGGCCUCCGCUGUCGUGGCCAAACUU